ACGGUUGAGAUAAACGUGCGGUUGCUCAGGUCGCUCUACAUGUGUGACCAAAUCACAUGGGUGUGACACUACUUUGACUACCUAUAACGGGAUUCUUUUGUGUUUUCAAUUCUGUAUCUUCGACUCUCAAAUAUCAAUUGUCACUCAUUAUGGGACAGUAUUGGAAAAUAAUCAAUAUCGACAACAGAGAAUCUACUGGGAUCAUAGGAAAUCUUGGAGAAUUCUUUUGGUAUUUUAACAAUUUCGUUACUUACCUCAUGGCCCCUAAUAUUCCCUGCUCGUACAAGUCGAGCCUCAUGCCCCCCAAAGAGAAAUCUCAGAAAACCAAAAACAACUCUCGAACAAUCCUGUUAACCCUUCCAACUGAGCUGUUGCUCACCAUCGCGGAAGAUCUUGUGGAGGAUUACCUCGACCUCAUCUGCCUUUCUUUAACUUGCACGACCAUAUGGGAGGUCACUGAAAAAAUCCGAUUCCGCUCCCUCCACGCUAAACUGAAGACACGCACUUGGGCUGGUGGCCGUAUUAUUCUUCUAGGAGACUACGCCAGGACUUUGCCUGAGGGAGUUCUCACCGUUGAAGACAUGAAACAGCUUCGGUUGACAGAGUACGACGAUGACGAUGAGCUAGGGACAGGUCUUUUUGAAUACUACAAGUUCCCGAAGCCGAAAUCAAAUAUUUCCCUACUCAACGAGGAAAGAGUCCAGUCCAACCGUGCCCUUCGCAACGAACUCAGACAGUAUUCUUAUCGCGAGGUGUUUUCCCGCUGGAUUCAUCUUGAUUUGGAUGACUUUCUACUCGCGAGAACGGAGGGCGAUCGCUGGAUGGUUCGGAACUUCACCAAACGGCAGUAUGUCAUCAAGUCCAACUCGCGCAACCUCCCACAGAUACUCUACUGCCUUAUCGGUUGUUCCCAAGACCCAACAAUUUCCAUGGAAGGUAGUGAUAGCCUUCUAUACGGCAUUAUAGAAGGUAAAUGGGCUGGGGACAGGGUUGAUAUCACGCUCGCCUCGAUUCACGAGAAAGAACGUGAGGACAGCUCAGAUUGGGAGGAAAUCACCACUCGGGUGAAGGCAAUGUUAGAGGAACUCGCGGAAGAGAAUUCGCACAAGUUUGAAUUUUAAAGCGAAGUUCCGCACUACCCAAGGGAUCGUAAAAAUGCUAUUCAUACGGCAGAUAUGUACUCCCCGUUUAUAAAAAUUAUUUUACUAUCGCUCUCUUGUGUAUAUAUGUUC